ACAUUGUAAUCACCAGAUACUAACUUCCCUAUAUCUUGCCUACCCUUUCUUCUUCAUCAAUCCGUUUGAUUUCUCGCCAUUCAUACCCCAUAUCUACUCUCUCUCUCUCUCUCUCUCUCUCUCUCUCCAAUUCACUAAAGAACCUAGUAUUGCUUAAAUAUUAGAUCAUGACAUGGGUGCAUUCGCAUAUGUAGUCGGAUUCGUUCUUUUCACGCUGCUGGUGAUCAUCAUCAGAAUAGUGCUUUCCGUUUGCUGUGGUUGGCCUUUGCCUUCUACCCAUCGACAUGGUCUCGUCCGAAACCUCCAGUACCCAAGCCAGCAGUACUCCAUCCGAAGAUCAAAUACUGCACCUGAUAAUCACCAAAACUCGAUUGAAACCCUCGAACUGGGCCUCGACGAAGCCACCCUGCGCAACUACCCGAAGCUCAUCUACGCCCAGGCCAAGCUCCACAAGGGCGCCAAUUCUACCAGCACCGCUUCCAGCUGCUCCAUAUGCUUGGCUGAUUACAAAGAUACGGACGUGUUGCGCUUGUUGCCUCACUGUGGACAUCUCUUUCAUCUGAAAUGCGUGGACUCCUGGCUACGGCUCCAUGCUACCUGUCCGGUGUGUCGGAACUCGCCUCUUGCUGAGGCAUUUCCUGUCGUCACUGACUGCUCCUUCGGAAUCGGGACCAUCCUCAUUCUUUGGUGUGGCCUUUGCGAUUUUCUUACCAGAGCUCAUGGGUGCCUAAUAGACAACAUUGGGCUUGGGCGAGGCCAUGGCUUGUGAGAGUA